AUGAGUUUUCGAAUCUCUUUAUUAUUAUUUGUAGUACUUAAUGCCAUGCAACCGCAAUGUUGUCAAUUAAGCGCCAUCGCUGAGCGAAAUAAACGCUGGGUACCGGCACUUUUAUUUCCGCCGACCAGUCCAACGCGAGUGCAGUAUAUAGCCGGUAUUGGUAUACCCCUGGAGGACUUAAUGUACGAGGCUAUGACCACCGGUUAUGUACUCAAGGCUGAAUAUUAUCUACCCGAUAACGUAACGAAACUAUUCACUAUAACACGCAUGCCAUUUGUGGCCCGAGAAAUGACGAAAUUCGAACGCUUUCUGGCGCAGGCGGAUGAGUGGAAGCGUUAUGCCACUUGGGAGCAACACUUGACGGAUAAUCGUAAGGUGUUAUCCAGCUAUAGAUGGUCCAUUUACAAAGUGCUUGAAGGCUUAGCGGAGCGAAUUACACCUUCGGGACGCGAUUGUGUGCUGAAGAGUAUUUGCGAGGCCGCAGAGACGCCAUUUCAUUACGGUAAUGGCUUAUUUGGCGAAUUGUUACACGUACUAUUAACUCCCUCCUCUUCGGUGGAUGAGCUGUCAGAGCAUGCGGAUAAUGAAUACUUCUAUGCUGAGGCGAUAGGUCGCACCGGCGCGGAUUGCAGAAUGGUUUUUAAGGGGUGUAAGAAAUCAUUGUUGGAACAUUUUUCUGAUGUGAGCACUUUCAAAGAUAUAAUUUCGAAGCAGUUGGGACAAUUUGGAUAGCUUAAUGAAAAACCAUGUGAGAAUGCUAACAUUUUAGUGAUGUGUAUGCUUGUCCAAAAAAUAAAA